AGUGACGUUGCCGCUGCCGGGCGCUGCCGUACGAGCGGAGGUUAGCGAGGCGCCUACCGCGGGCCGGGCCUCGCCGCGGCCUGCGCCACCCCCGCCCUCAGGAACUAGCGAGCACUUAAAUUCUACCGUGGAACAGAAAAGCGCCUGGAGCUCUUCCUGCUGCUCACAUAAAGAAAAUGCUGUGCUCUGCAUCGCUUACUGGGCAUUGUUGCAUACCGUGGUUUCAAGAAAAGUAAAAGCCUUCAUUAAGUGAGCUUAGGUAUUUACACUUCUAGUUAACCUUUUUAUUUCCAGCAACUCUUUCCCUGCUCUUCAAGAUGGACCAGUCGUCUCCAACCUACAUGCUUGCCAACUUAACCCACUUGCAUUCUGAACAGCUUCUGCAAGGCUUGAACCUCCUUCGCCAACAUCACGAGCUCUGUGACAUUAUCCUUAGAGUUGGUGAUGUCAAGAUCCAUGCCCACAAAGUGGUGCUUGCCAGCAUCAGUCCGUACUUCAAAGCCAUGUUCACUGGGAAUCUUUCUGAGAAGGAAAACUCGGAGGUGGAGUUCCAGUGCAUUGAUGAGACGGCCCUGCAGGCCAUCGUGGAGUAUGCCUACACGGGAACUGUGUUUAUCUCACAAGACACUGUGGAGUCGCUUCUUCCAGCUGCAAAUCUUCUUCAGAUCAAACUGGUAGUGAAGGAGUGCUGUGCGUUUCUUGAAAGCCAGCUUGAUCCUGGAAAUUGCAUCGGGAUUUCCCGUUUUGCAGAGACCUAUGGCUGCCACGACCUCUACUUGGCUGCUAACAAGUACAUUUGUCAAAACUUUGAAGAUGUUUGUCAGACGGAAGAAUUUUUUGAGCUUACACAUUCUGAAUUGGAUGAAAUUGUUUCCAAUGACUGCUUGAAUGUUGUGACAGAAGAAACAGUUUUUUAUGCACUAGAGUCAUGGAUCAAAUGUGAUGUGCAGGAGCGACAGAAGUACUUAGCACAGCUGCUACAUUGCGUUCGGUUGCCGCUGCUGAGUGUUAAGUUUCUUACGAGGUUAUAUGAAGCAAACCAUCUCAUUCGUGAUGACCAUACUUGUAAACAUCUGCUAAAUGAGGCCCUAAAAUACCACUUUAUGCCUGAACACAGACUUUCCCACCAGACCAUGCUGAUGACACGACCUCGCUGUGCCCCGAAAGUUCUUUGUGCUGUAGGAGGAAAAGCUGGACUGUUUGCAUGUUUGGAAAGUGUUGAAAUGUAUUUUCCCCAGAAUGACUCCUGGAUAGGCCUGGCACCUCUUAGCAUUCCCCGCUAUGAAUUUGGAAUAUGUGUCCUAGACCAGAAAAUAUAUGUGGUAGGAGGGAUUGCAACCCACGUGUGUCAAGGCAUCAGUUACCGAAAGCAUGAGAAUUCAGUGGAGUGCUGGGACCCUGAUACAAACACUUGGACAUCUCUUGAAAGGAUGUUUGAGAGCCGGAGUACUCUGGGAGUGGUGGUUCUGGCGGGAGAACUCUACGCCUUAGGUGGCUACGAUGGGCAAUCUUAUUUACGAACUGUAGAGAAAUACAUUCCUAAAGUGAAGGAGUGGCAGCUAGUGGCCCCGAUGAACAAAACAAGAAGUUGUUUUGCUGCAGCUGUCUUGGAUGGAAUGAUAUAUGCCAUUGGUGGUUAUGGUCCUGCCCAUAUGAACAGCAUGGAGCGUUAUGAUCCAAGUAAAAACUCAUGGGAGACAGUAGCUUCGAUGGCUGAUAAACGAAUAAACUUUGGCGUCGGUGUCAUGCUGGGCUUCAUUUUUGUAGUAGGUGGACACAAUGGUGUGUCUCACCUAUCAAGCAUUGAGAGGUAUGAUCCUCAUCAAAAUCAGUGGACUGUGUGUCGACCCAUGAAGGAACCCAGAACAGGAGUUGGUGCAGCUGUAAUUGAUAACUACCUUUAUGUAGUUGGAGGUCAUUCAGGGUCAUCCUAUCUGAACACUGUACAGAAAUACGAUCCCAUCUCGGAUACCUGGCUGGACUCUGCUGGGAUGAUGUACUGUCGAUGCAAUUUUGGUUUGACUGCACUUUGAUGAAAAUCAGAACUUUAUGGACCUGACGCAAAGGUGGAGCUUAAUCUGCUUGAAAACAAACCCUGGUGGCGGAGACCAUAAGCUGCAUUUUCUGAAGUUGGAAGGUUGGAGGAAUGUGGUGAAGAAAUGAGGAAGGAUUUGUUUUCUUCUGGUAUUUGGCCUUUGUUAGCGUAGUGACAUGGGCAGAAGAAACGGAAAGCUUAUUUACCGGCUGGGUUUAGGUAGCGUCCUGUUAAUGGCAGUGAAUUUUAGAGAGUACUGUACAUGCCUGGGAUAUGGUUAGAAAACUUACUGUGUAUCUAACCCUUUCACUUUCUACAGCUUUCUCUCUUCCUCCUGCCUACUAUAAAACAUGAAGUUUACUGUGCUUGGGUGGGAGAUGUGUGAAUGUGUUGUAUGACUGGACAGUUUGCUGAUUGUUGUCUGGUUGUGUCUUCAUAUUAAGAAAUUGCCAGUGCUUCAUAAUUUUUUUUAUGAACAGUAACUAAAGGGCUGCCUUGUUUCUGUAUCUCAAGGUUUGUAAAUAAUAAAUGCCAUAGUAUGUUGCCUGUACACUCCCCUUUGUUACCUGCUUACUGAUAGGAGGGCUGGGAUGAUACUACUCAAAAAAAUGAAGAGGCAAAUUUAUUGCCUCUUAAUGAAAUACUUGGAUCUGGUGAAGAGAGAUCACGUUUUUAUCUUUCCCUUAUUUUUGUGGAUAAAUGAGUACUAGAUUAAAUGACUUGAUCUUGCUAGUCUGCUGUGUCUUUUCAAUGGUAACGCACGGAAAAAUUACAACAGUAAUGCAUCGGAAGACGCCACAGCAGCAUUCAUAGCAUGAAAUAAAAUAAAUACUCAAAACUGAAUCCAUCCCAUCCUUCUCCCAAGCGCACUUGUGUCCAUAUUCCGUAUAACUUCCUUUUUUAAAAGAAUGUAUGACUGCUUUCUCAGAGUGUUCAGAUAUAAAAAUGGUGCUAAAUGUAGGACUUAACAAUAAGGCUGUUACUGAUUUUAGUGCAGUAUGCAUAAAGCAUGAUUGUUUUGAUUGUUCUAGUGUUUUUAUUUGCUUGAUACAUUUGUGCCUAUGAAAACUGUCAAGAAUUACAGUGUGCUGAACGAGCUCUGUUUGUUACAUUAAUUUUUUUUUCAGAUCUGUUUAUUGUUCUCACAAAUACAUACAUAGGGAGUGAAUAGUGAGAUCCCAUCUUGGGUUCUUCAGUCUUGCCUUUGACACAAGUCGCAAUGAAUGAAAAGCACAGGGCAUAGUUCAUCAUCCCUGGUGUGUCCUAUGCCAUGGAAUACUGAAGGUCAGUUCCCGUGAUUAACCAGAAUCUCAAGAGAUAAAACUUUGUGAUAGCCCUAAACUUAAUGAAAGUUUGGGCAGAGAAAUAGAAAGCCAUGCUGUGCGUUACAACCAUUAUUUAAAAUAGAUGACUGAAUAAAUAUGAAUUUUAGCUAAUUUAGAAUGUUUCAGUUUGUCUUCUGCUUUUUAACUAGGAAUCAUGGUUAUCUUGAAUUUCUGUUUUAUGUUUGUAUGUGUAUUGCCAGGCUUAGUACUGAAGAAUUCUUCCUCCAGAGUUAUUUUCCCCUUGUUUAACGUUAAUUUAAUGUUUCCCCCUUUUUUUUCCAAGCCCAUAUAGUAUUAUUUUUGAAGGUGCAAUAAUAUUUGAAAUAGUUGCUUUAAAAGCCAUUUUGUUAAAAGUAUGCUAAGUGGAAGGGUUUUGAGUGUACUUGAUUUAUUCUAAGCUCCUGCAAAGCUAAUUGCAGCCAGGCAAACAGUGGUGUUCCUUGUUCUUCCAUAUGCUAAUGUUCAGAUUUUAAACAGUCAAGGAGACAAGGGUGUUUUCACCAUAAAACAUUAUUUAUUCGUAGGUAACAGGUGUUUGCACAGAUUUUACAAUCCUGCACGUAUUCUUCAGAUCUGGUAGAAUUAAGCAGGACUUUAAAAGCAAAUAAAAUAAACAAUUUCAGAGUUUUCCAUGCAGUUUGACCCACUAAGGAUUCUAGUUAUAUAGCAAUAAUAGCAUAAUUUAAUUAUUCCAGUGAAUCUGUUGAUAGGACACAAGUAGGUACCUGGUUGUAUGUUGUGUGUUUGUGCAUGUGGAGGAGAAGGAAGGGGAAUAGGUUUGGGGCUAGGGGUUAACAGAGAUUUUUCAGCCUGUUGUGUAGAUUGCCUUCUCGUUCUGUUCAGGUAAAUGCACAAGCGGAAUGGUUAUCUGUGCUGUUUUACUUUUCAGUCUGUUUCACAGAGAUGCCAUUGAUUCUCAGAUUUUCCAAUAUACACUGGAGAUAAAGAUGCUUAACAAACUAAUAUUGAAAUAAUAAAAAUUCCUUGCCUAAAAGAGAAGCUUAUGCCUUUUACUUAUUGGAGGCUUUCCGUGCAGUUCAUUAUAUGCCAUACCUUUUAGAGUUUAACUCCAAUAGGAAUUUGUGAAUGAAGAUGCUCAUAUACAUGUUCUGAUUGGAAGUAUUAGUAAACACUGUUUUCAGUUAGUAGACAGUGAUAUAGCAAGGUAUAAAAGGUGUUUUGGCUUCAUCAGAACAAAAAAAUACAUAGGUCAGGGCGGUGUUGAUGGUUAUUUAAUAUGUAUAUAAACACCUUUGAUUUAUGGAAGUCAAAGCACUUAAAAUGGCAAAAUGCUUUAUUCUCUUUACCUAGGCAGCAGUAAUGUUAAAUUAGGUUGUAGAGACUGGACCUUUAUUGUGUCACAUGGUAUUGCUAAAUUUAAGAUAGCAGCAUAAACAAUUUUUUAGAAUGCUGGCUUGGUAUGAAAAAUGGGGAAAAAACAUGUAAUGAACUAUACUGCUGUUCUUGAAUAAACUGUUUAGCUAGACAUGGAUUGAACAUGGUAUCAACUUAGGGAUUGUGUCACUUAAAAUCAUGCCAUCUUCACUUUCUGUUCUGGGUGCUUGUCCUGUUCACUGAAGUGCUUGGUUAUAGGAAGAGCAGACACAACAAUCAGUUUAAAUCUGCAUUUAGAGUACUCUCAUUGUAAUGUCUGUCUUGCAGUUUAAAAAUUAGGGACCUUCAAAUAAGAUGUCAUACAACUAUAAAUUAUCAUCCAGUUCUAUUUCUUAAUCACUCAAAAUUAUCUGUAAAGCACUUUAAAAUGGGUAUGAGUUUAUAUGUGUACAUACAGUUCCUGAAUUUUUGCUUUUCUUUUUUUUUUUUUUCCUUCUCCAGUUACUCAUCUGUAAGCUUCUUGACAGUCUCUCUUACUAGGAAUAUGCUUUUCUUUCAGAAAGUCUUGUUGAAAUUCCUAGAGGGGAAAAUGUGUCCAGUAUGCAUUACAACCAGUUAACUUGUUCUGGAAGAUAGCGUGUUACUUUUGUGAAUUUGCCAUCUGUAAGUCCCCAUUCACUAUAUGAAACAAUGCAAAAUGUCCAAACUUGCCUUAAAUUCUUGAUAUUUUAACUGAAACACAAAGAACUGGAUGAUAAUUCCUAUUUUUUUGCCUUAUGCGCUGUGCUGUAUUUUAAACCCAAUGAUAAGUAUAAUUUUUAGCAGGAUUUAAUAAUUGUACAGAGAUUACCAAAUUGUACUCGGAGUUGACCAGAGUGCUUUGGUUGAGAGUAUAAAAUGAUAUAUGUAGUUUUGUGUAUGUAGAGUGUUUUUAUGUGUACAUCUUUUGUAGCAGCAACGUUCUGGUUUUGUUAUUGUUUACAAAAGUGGCAUUUGAGUUCAACAGGAAAAUAACUGUAACCUGCAUUCUCGGUCUUUACUAGUGUUCUCAAUGUGUUUGCUCUUGUGAUAAUGCUCUUGUAAGUAUUGUUGUAACUGUUUCAUUGAAUGUGAAACGAUUUAGUAAAUAAACAUGGGGAAAAAACCCCCUCACUGUUA